AUGACUUUUUAAUUACCUCAUAAUUUCUAAAACAGAUCAGUUCAAAAAAUAGUAUAGGAAUUAAUGUAUGAUGAGUAUUUGGAUAGAGACAAUUUACUUAGGAAUGCAUUUAUCUCAUCACCUUUGAAGAGUGGGAAGAAAAAGAUAUCCAUAUCAAAACAUAGAUAUAAUCACUUUUUAUAAUAAUCACCAAGUCAAUUAUAUUCUCCAGGACUAUUAAACAAUUAAAAUAAAGUAGUUGGAAUUAUUGCAAUGCAAAAAAAAAAGAAUUCAGUCCCUCUAAAUGUAUCAGUAAACCAAUUAAUUGAAAAUAAUACUAGUCCUACUAAUAAUGCCAUUGUUAGAGUAAGCAAAAGAAAUAAGGAUUACAAACCUAAAGAACUUAGAGGUUUAUCAAUUUCAGAUCAUGUUUCAAGAUAAAAAUUAGUAUUCCCAUAAGUUUAGAGAUUAAGUUAAGUAAAAUAAUAAUAGUUUGCAUCUCCAAACUUUAAUUUUAUUGAUGAGAAUUUUGAAGGAUAUAAAUUAAAAUCUGAAGAAAUGUCAUUAGAAAUUGAUGAAUAUAUGAGAAUGUAAAAACAUAAUAAUAAUAAUCUAAAUUUAUUACCAAAUAUUUAUUCAAGAAAUUAAUGA